ACUUCUCGCCGGCUAAUGGCCAGUCCCCGCGCGCGCAGCAACUUUUACCCACGAUGCAAUGGCGCAGAAGCAGACAGAAACGCCUGGCAUUUGGAGAGCAUUUACAACUCUGGAAAGUUCCCUGAAAGCAUGAGGUACGCACAGCUGAUUAUGGGACCUGCUGGAAGCGGAAAGUCAACUUAUUGCAAUACAAUACUGCAACACUGUGAGAAUGUACAACGUUCAGUGCAUGUGGUGAACCUCGAUCCUGCUGCAGAACACUUUGACUAUCCAGUCCUUGCUGAUGUAAGGGAGUUAGUAGAAGUAGAAGAUGUGAUGGAAGCUGAAGAUUUACGACUUGGGCCAAAUGGUGGACUUGUUUUCUGUAUGGAAUACCUGGUGCAGAAUUUUGAUUGGCUGGAAGAAAAAUUGGGAGAUGUUGAUGACGAUUAUAUCUUGUUUGAUUGUCCAGGCCAAAUAGAACUGUACACCCACAUGCCAGUGAUGCGACAGCUGGUGCAGACGUUGCAUCAGUGGGACUUCCGAGUGUGUGGUGUAUUCCUGAUUGAUUCUCAGUUUGUUGUGGAUUGUAGCAAGUUCUUUGCUGGUGUCCUGACGGCACUGUCGGCGAUGAUUCAACUGGAGAUUCCUCAUAUAAAUGUCAUGAGCAAAAUGGACUUGCUUAACAAGAAGCAGAUGAAGCAAGUAGAUAGGUAUUUAGAUCCUGAUCCACAACAGCUUGUGGAAGAACUUAAAGUGAGCACAAACAAGAAAUUUAAAAAGCUCAAUAAAGCCCUGGCACGGUUGAUUGAUGACUACAGCAUGGUAUCAUUUGUUCCUCUAAACCUCUGUGACGAGGAUUCUAUCACAAAUGUUCUAAUUCAGAUCGACAAUGCUAUCCAAUAUGGUGAAGACCUGGAUGUUCGUGAAAUGAAGGUCAAUAUUUACUAUUUUCAAUUAAUCACAUUAUACUACAUCAUCAGUGUACUGUGUGAAGAUGCCAAGACUCAAGGCAAUUUUGCUGGACAUGAAGGUGUAAUCAUUACUGUUAUACUCAUUGACCAUAUUAUUGGUACACGAUCUAUGUACAGUGCUGUCAAAGUGUUGAUGUUGUGAUAAUGAUAUUAUGAAUACA